AUGACUUCCUCCACCCAAUCCACCGCCAUCGAGAACCAAUCCACCUUCUGCCUGUGGUUCCACUACUGCUACGUGGGCUGCACCUCCCCCUGGCACGGGCAAUCUGAUCCCCAAACCACCUACCUCCUCAGCAACUUUGAAACCGAUCUCAAUGCCGACACCUCCAAGAUCAACGACAAGGAUGUCAAAGUCUGGAGACUGGAUUUGUUGAACAACAGUGAUGGAGAUGCAACCAAGAGGUCUCCCAGAGCGGAAGAUGUGGUUGCUGAAGAGGACAGAAUGGAGGGAUAUCUCAAUUCUAUCGAGGAGUCCUCAGGCACGCACAUCUUCUCCCAUCCCACCGACAUCAUGUCAAGCCUUCCUCAAGGUUACGCCUUAAUGCACAGGAACCGCAGCAACACAAACAACAGAACUGGAGAUUUACACCUUUGGGGCCAUCCUUCAGGAUUGGAUUACAACUCUGCUGCUAAGUUUGUGGUGCAUUUGAAGUGGUUGAUUGAGGGCAGGGUCGGGGAGUGUGAGUGUGGGCCUUGUAAUGGGAAACGUUGA